GACGACGGCGAGGAGGCAUUCGUCGACCUCGAGCUGAAGAUUCUCGCCGACGUCGCGCUCGUGGGCCUGCCGAACGCGGGAAAGUCGUCGCUCCUGAGGGCUUUGUCGAACGCCGACAUCAAGGUCGCGGCGUACGCCUUCACGACCCUCGCGCCCCAGCUCGGCGUCGUGAACUACGCCGCCGCGGCGACGGGCGACGCCGACGCCGUCCGCGUGCUCGACGUGCCGGGGCUCGUCGAGGACGCGCACGCGGGCCGCGGCAUGGGCGGCGAGUUCUUGAGGCACGUCGAGCGGUCCGCGGCGCUCCUCCACGUCGUCGACGGCGCCGCGGCGGAC